CCACAUUUCCCCCUGAUUAUGGACAGCCCCGUUUCAUCUGGCCAUCGCCUACCAAUGGAACAUUAUUUCCUUGCACCCCAGGACAACCAUGUCACGUGCUCCUCGCCGUCAGUAAAGGAUAUAAUGAUGUGAACUGCCCGAUCAUCAAGGAUGAAUCCAGAACCGAUUUACCGGUCCAUAUCUUUGUAUCAAAUUUUACCAAGGAAUGUCGAUAUGAUGUUCGGAUUGAAUCUACCUUAUUAGAUGAUCAGACAACCAAAAUGUAUUGCUUCAAGUGUCCCAGUGACGGCAUCUUUGCAGAGAUGAGAUGUUUCAAAGUAUUUUGGGGGUCAAUAGCAUUCCCGUCUACCAACCAGGAAAUCACAACGGGACCAACAAUGCCAACAACUAGCGAAAAACCAGAGAUUCUUUCUUUACAAGGGCGGCCAUACUUCCUGCAUUUUCAUCAAAACGAAAACAUAGUUUGUAUACAAUACCAUAUGUGCAACUUCAGUGUAUAUGCAAGUACAACAUUUUGCAGAGACAUCAAAGGAAUAGAAAACAUACCAAUUAGCGAAGAGAAUGUAACUAUAUCCACCAGCACCAAAACGGUUGGUAUGAAUGUUGCAAAAACAGGCGAUGUGCAGUUCCUUCCUAUGCAGAUUGGCCGAAGACAAAUCUGUUUGAAGGCUUCUGACUGUACAUCCUUCAUUCAGAAAUGUUUCUACAUCACAGUAAUAAAGAACAAUCCAUGCGAAUCAUCUCCUUGCCAGCACAAGGGGCAAUGUUUAGCAUUAAAUGCAAAGACAGAAUUCGCUUGUUCUUGUCGCUAUGGAUACACCGGGAAAAUAUGUGAAACAAAGACCGGACCGUGUUCGAUCAGUGAUACGUGCUUUGGAGGUUCAACUUGUGUUCCUGUUAGAUCAGAGCCGUUCUUUAGAUGUAUCUGUCCAUCCGGGAAAACAGGAGUUAGAUGUGACGUCGAUGAUGGAUAUCGAGAACACUGUGACAACUCCUCUAUCUGUGGAAAUAAUGCUGCGUGUCACUUAGUUAAUCAGACCGUGUUAUGUGUUUGUCGACUUGGAUACAAGGGUUCUAACUGCUCAAUAGAGGCCAAUGAUAACCUGAGAAGCCCAACAGAUACCGGGGCAAAGUUUACAGAUGCUGCUCUACCAAAGUCUGUUAUCUGUUAUGUUGCGUUUCCAUGUCCUAUUCCAUUUACUGUUACCAAAAAUAUUUUUAACAAACCAAGUGUUGCUCUAGGAUAUUCUGAUCCAUCACUACAUGUCACAAGCUUGGAACUGCAGCACACAGCACCUCUUGGUGGUGUUGUACAUGGGUUGCUAGAAAUCGUUGGGAAUUCCCCAGGAUCUGCUAGCAUCUGUCUCCAAUCUAUUGAUAAAUCCUGGCAAGUAAGAAUUGAGGACGAAAUUUGCUUUCAUGUGGCAGUUAAAAAUGGAAGCUAUUACAAACAUUACUCGGACGUUCCUCAUUUUGUACAGCCAACAUUUGAAACGGAUAGCUUAUUUGAAUGUUUGGUUGGAGAUAGUUGUCACUUUAAUUUAUGGGCCGUAAACGACAUUAGAGAAAACAAUUGCCCGGUUUUGAAAUCUGAGGGCAUUCGUAAUUUAAACUUAUUCAUUAUGUCACCUCUGAACCAAACCUUGUCACCAUGCAUGUAUGACGUUUCCCUUAAAGCGGACACGCCUACUAAUGCCACCACGUGCUUUUAUUUAGAAGGAGAUGCAGGUGUAAAAUAUGACAGAAGAUGCUACACAGUCCAGGCUUCGAAUUUGAAUAAAAAGGGUUCCUGCGCUGGUGGUUUGUGUUACAAUGGUGGACAUUGUGAUGGUCAUACGUCAACAAAGAAUUGUUUGUGUCCUCUUGGAUUUUCCGGUGAAAAUUGCAUAACUGAUCAUGGCAUUCCACAAGCAGUCAAUCAACAUGCUAUAAAUAACCCAUUGUUUGGAAACAUGCUAGUGCCAAAACAAGUCAUUUGUCCGCUGAAAGAAAAGUGCAAUAUUCAGUUUUUAUUGUCAUCAAGAAAAGUGUUCAAUAUUGAUAUCAAAAUUGACCCUUCAAGUAUCGAAAUAAAGGAAAAGGAGGAAGUAAGAGUAUCAAAGGACUUCCUUGUCACGUUGACAAUAGUUCAUAAACACACUGGCUCCGAUCAGCUGUGUUUGAAUUUAACCUCCGGAAAUCAUAGCUUGGUAGCAGACAGGUUUUGCUGUGAUAUUUUCACCGAAGAAACAGUGACUUCCAAUGGCGACGCAUGCGUGAGUGACAGUGUUGAUGAUUGCAAAAACCCUUCUGCUCUGAAAUUUAUAUGCUCAGAUCCGACAACAGCGGAAUAUUGUCGUAAAUCCUGCAAACUAUGCGAUAAACAAACAAAGGAAGAGACAGAACAGCUUUUUAUUCCCCCGUCACCAACAAACACAUCAGCAUACUCAUGUUCUCCGGGCUUGGAGUGUCACAUGAUGCUCUACCUAAAACGAGGCUACAAUAAUCUCUGCCCCGAGGUUUCCGUUAUUCCCUCCGUCGGCGCCUCUGUUCACGUCUUCAACAAUUCCGACUGCAAUGUAUGUUCCGUGGAUGUACUGAUUAAAUUAUCCCUGUCUCAUCCUGGCCAGAGGCUGCAACAGUGUCUACAGGCGACUGACUACGACUUUGGGUCCACGGAGAGACGAUGUUACUUUUUGGAAAACGUCCAGCACACUUCCCCCUAAAUGACCAUAACAAUGCGGCAUUAGUUCACGGAAGACUAACCACAACGAACGCAUCCUUUGAAAGUGUAAACUUGUGUUACCAUGUAAUCGGACAACUGUAUAUCUUCUUUUGAAUGUGUAAAAUGUAGUUUUACAAAAAUAUACAUAUCCUUGUCUUCAUUACAUAUUACUAGCUAAUUACUACUGAUAAAUUAUGAAUAUAGUUAAUUUUUAGAAGCACUAACUCUGAUGAAUACUGUUUAUAUUUUAUUUUUCAAAACAAGAUACAUGUGAAUUAAUACAUUGACUUCAAUCUAUCAAUACGUUUUUUAUAAUUGUUACUUUUUGAUAACUUUUUGUUUGCUUAUUUAUGUCAAUAUAGCCUAAAAUAUAUUAAAUUUUAUGUGUAUCAAUAUCAAUAUUAAAAGUAAUGCAUUUUCUAUCUUUGUUGGAAAUUGUUGAAAAAUGUAUCACAUACACUUCCGGUAAAUAACUGUUUUAAAUGUUUAAAAAUGAUAUUUAUCUAACAUUG